AUGGAAAAAUUGUUAGCUCUCGAAAAUUAUACAAUCAUUGUUUAUUUACAUGGCAGUACUCAUAGUCGACAAUGGACUAAUCGAGUGGACACUUAUAAUGUUUUAUCUGAAAUGGAUUUUCAUGUACUUUGCUUAGAUUAUAGAGGAUUUGGUGAUUCAAGUGGCUAUCCAAAUGAGACCGGAAUUAUUACUGAUUCCGUAUUUUUAUUUAAUUAUACAAAAAAUUUAGCCGGUGAAAAUGAUGUUUUUAUAUGGGGACAUUCAAUGGGAAGUGGAGUUUCAAUCGCAGUAACAAUGGAAUUAAGUAUGAAGCAUAUGCCACCUGCAGGUUUAAUUUUGGAAGCACCGUUUAAUAAUGCCAUUGAUCUUAUCACACAAUCAUCGGAAUCAGUAGCAUGGCGUUGGACACCAUGGUUUAAUAUUUUUAUCAAACAAUCAGUUUCAAACGCUGGCAUUCAUUUCAAUUCUGAUAUAAAUAUUAAAUUGUAA